AUGGCUGCCAAAAUUACAGAUGACGCUAUCGUCGAAUAUCUAGAGGAGCGGCAGAUCUACAUCAAGCUCCAGCAAGCGAUGGAGGCCCUCGCCAUACAUAAGCCUGACAACCCAUGCGGAUUUUUGAAGAAUUACUUUGAUCCUGCGAAGACAACCUGCAAGACAACGCACAGAGUCAUUAUACUGGGCCCGCCAUGCUCUGGAAAGAGCACGAUGUGCAGCCUUUUGUCGAAGAGGCUUGGGGGCCGCUUGAUCUGCGCUGAACGGAAUAACCAGACUCUAGGAAGCACAGAGGUUAUCGAGUCCGUUCGAACCCAGCUCCAGCAGUGCUCAAACGAUUCUUGGGUCCUAGAUGACUUUCCCUCCUCUGAGCUGGAGGCCUUUUCGUUGCGUAUCAGCCCAGAUUGUCUGCCCACGGUGGUAAUAGACCUUCAGCUUCCGCUGGACACAGUGCUUUCCCGAUCUGCAAGUGAGCUGGAGCGUGAUCAACUGAAGAAGCGCUACGAUGUCUACAAAAUAAACCGACCAGCGUACUUCAAGGUAUUCGAGUACUGUAUCCGUGUCAUUGACUGCACAGAUUUGAGCAUGCAGGACAUCGAGGCGCGUGUAAUGGCUAUCAUUACUGGGGCCGGGACGGUGAAGAAUAGCUCCAACGAGGUUCUUCCUCGCGGGCCAGCAAUCAUUGACGAACAAGCAGAGAGGGUUGCAUACACAAUGAGCAGAGCCCCUAACACGCGCCCCACCAUAGAAAGCGUAAACUGA